AGCAAGAUGUCUCCGUUAUUGGUCGGUUGUUUCCUCGUGGCGUCAUUUCCAGGCGCCGAUUUCACAUUUUGGCCUAAUCUUCCCUUAUUCGACGACUUCUCCGAGACUGUUUACCCCCGAAUCUACGAAAAAACAAUCCGCAGACGUCGCGACAUAUCCAGCAAUGUUUACGUGCAGGAGUCGAACAAAUUGAAAAUGAUUGAGGUGGGAGAUUGGACCUUAGAACUUAAUCCUGAAAGUAAUUUGGUCGUUGCUCCAACCCUCUGGGCCGAAUGGGUCUCUGGUAAUGGGGAUGUAACCCUGAAGGCGAUCCAGGAAUGUGAUUAUAAAUUAGGGGUAGUUACUAGCCUUGAGACGUCAUCAAGGGUUGCGGUGGCGUUGUGUGGACGGUCUGUAACCGGAUAUAUUAGUGUGGGUGAUGUGGUGUUUUUCCUCGAACCCAAAAAUGGGGCCAACAGCAGCGAAGAGGAGCAUCGACUAUACAGUAAAAACCGUCUAAAACGUCACACAGAAGACGUUUAUUUCGAGCAACCCGUAGCGGAACAGUGGCUUUUUAAUUUAACGGGAGACGUGAUCGACAUAGGAGGAGAUGUUGGAUCUAUACAAGAUAACACAGGGGAGGAAGAUGACCCAGAAUCGGACGGUAUUGUGGAGGAGAAGGCCACGUCGUCCUUACACUUAGGUUGGCGUCGGGAACAAUUAGAAGAUGAAGAGCUGGGAUACUUUUACGACACAGCUUGGUCAGCUGACUCACCGAUAACUCGCAAACCGGGAGGGUCUUUGUUGCCUCGCAGAUGGCUAGAAAUUGCGGUUGCCGUGGACCAUACAUUGAUUACCUUUCACGGGAAAGACAAAGUAGAACAGUACGUGCUAGCGCUGUUGAAUAUUGUGAACGCCAUAUAUCAAGAUCCAUCCCUCGAGGCCAAUAUGCAUCUAGUAGUGACGCGUUUAUUACUUUACGAGCAUCGGAAGCAAUCGGUCGUACGUGCCGGUGACGCAAAGAAAUCUCUCGAAAACGUCAAUAGCUGGAACAACCGCCUGCAUAUGUCUUUAGCACGAGGGGAACGUCACCACGAUGUUGCUAUAUGGCUGACUCGUUCAGAUAUUGGAGGUCCCUCAGGCUAUGCUCCCGUUGCCGGGGCCUGCGAUCCAAAAAGGAGUUGCGCCUUGAACCGAGAUGAGGGUUUGACGAGUGCUUUCAUCAUUGCUCAUGAAAUGGCUCACAUUUUAGGUCUAAGCCAUGACGGAGAUAAGAAAAACUCCAAUCAGUGUGGAGACGAGGCGACUAAAGGAAGCGUAAUGGCUCCUUUGGUGGCAGCGACUUUCCACCAGUUUUCCUGGUCACAGUGCUCAAGAUCUGAAUUUAAAAAGAUAGUUAAGAAAUGGAAGUGUUUAUCGAAUUCUCCAGCCGGUUUGAAUGAAAUUGUUUUAAAUGAUACUCUUCAGAAUGCUUUCAGCAUGGAUGAACAAUGCCGGAUGGAGUUCGGCGACGGAUUUAGUCUUUGUCGAGCAUUUGAUAUUAUAGAGCCUUGCUCGCAUCUAUGGUGUGGUCACGAGAAGUCUCCUUUGGUAUGUAAAACGAAGAAAGGAUCACCAUUAGAAGGCACAGAAUGUGGCUUUAACAAGUGGUGCCGAAACGGAUAUUGUGAAGAUAUGGAUAUAAAAAGUUCAGGGCGUGCACCGAUAAUACAGAAUCCCCAAGAUGGUGGGUGGAGUAACUGGAGUCCGUGGGGACCAUGUUCCAGAUCUUGCGGAACCGGAGUUCAGUUCCGAACAAGGAAAUGUAAUAAUCCCACGCCUUCGAAUGGCGGAAAUGUGUGUGAAGGGAUUUCGGAGAAAUGGAGAAUAUGUAACAAUCAAACGUGUCCCGAACCGUUCGGAGAUAUGAGGGCUCAACAAUGCAAGAAAUUGCCCAAAUUAUUAAAUAUCGUAGGAACGAGACAAGGGAACAUGACUUGGUUACCGUACGAAAGCGAGGAAAUGGAGAAGAAAUGUAAACUGAUAUGUAUCAGCGAGACUACUAAUGAGCUGUUUGAGAGCGACGAAAACCUAAUUGAUGGAACGCCUUGUUCUUAUGAAAAUACCGACGACAUUUGCAUUCAGGGUGUUUGCCACUUCAUCGGAUGUGACGGUCAAUUAUUCUCCAAAGUAAAAACCGACAUGUGCGGAGUCUGCGGCGGAAAUAAUUCCGAUUGUUCCAAUGUCGAAUCGAUUUUCCGGCGAAAGCUCAAGAGAGAAGUUAGCAGGGUCGCCGUCUUGCCGCGAAUGGCAACACGAAUCAAAUUAGAAGCCAACGUCACCAUGCAUAAUAAGGAGCAUCCCUCUGUCGCAUUUAUCCUGAAAAAUCGCAGGAAAAAGAAAUACAGGAUCACGAUCCCCAACACCGGAUUACGGACGGAUAUCAUCGAAGGCACGAAGUUUUACUACGAGAAAUCCAAGAACAAACACAACAUUUGGGCUAAUGGCCCUGUCCUCGCAGAAAUGGUAAUACUGGUAUACGCUCCAAUUAGUGAGAUUGAGGAAGGCUUGAACGUGUCGCUUCGCUCAGAAUACGUCAUUAACAAAGAUGCUUCUGUCUCAUCGAAUAGGUUUAAGUGGAUCCUGGGCGGAUGGGGGCCCUGCUCAGCCAGCUGCGGUGGCGGACGGCGUCAAAAGACGGUCGCCUGCUGGGAUAAUCAGACGCAGAAGUUGGUCAGAAGAAAACACUGCUCUUUGAUGACGAAGCCGACGUUGUCUUUUGAGAAAUGCAACACGUUCGAUUGUCAUUUUCAAUGGAUUGCCGGACAGUGGGAGCAUUGUAGUACCACUUGCGGUUUACAUGGUGUCCAGUACAGAGAACUGUAUUGCGUUCCUCAGGCCGUACUGAAUAAAAUGUUGUUCCAAAAUAAUGGCACAAUUAUCGACGAUCCCUGGAAACAUAUGGUAAACCCGAACAAAUGUUCGGGAAUUACGCCCGUAAUGAAAAGACCUUGUAAUCAAUUCCCAUGUUUUUCGUACUGGACUUACGGCGAGUGGUCACAGUGCUCUGAAAGUUGUGGCACCGGCAUAUCGCAACGUUCCUCUUAUUGUCUUCCGCCCAAUGGAGAAACUUUCUACACUUGUGGAGAAUCACCACCGCGUGUGGAAAAACGUGUGUGUCGAAAUAACACAAAAUGGACUAAUCCAGCAUGCAAAAGACGAAAACAGAAAUCUUGCGUGGUGGAUAAGUCAGAAUUUUGUUCGUUGAGUGAAUUGGCAAAAUAUUGUAAAAUUGGGGGUUUUAGGAGACAGUGCUGUAAAACAUGUUCUAAUUUUCUCUUAACUCCUAUAACUAGUUAAACUGUGCUUAAUUUUUUUUAUAACUCCACAAUCCGCAUUAUACUAUAAUUAAUAUAAAGGUGUUU